CCGAGAAAGGCCAUUCGCAGCAGGGGGAGAGAGAGAGAGAGAGAGAGACUUUCACUAAAAUACUAAAAAGAUUUCUGUUUUGUUUUGUUGGGUUCAACCCCUUCGCUCUUUUCUGGCCAUAGCCAUCAGUAUCCAUUUCUCCAGCUCUCUGCCCUUGGCUUCCUUUCACAUUCUCUCCUCUCUUUCUUCUUCCUUUCUAAACCCUUUCUCCUGUUUCUCCGUUCACUUUCUUCUUGUUAUGCUUGGUUGUAAUUGUUGCCUUUGUUGGCGAAAACAGAGCCUUGCAUAAUAAUCAAGAUUCAAACUUGCUUCUCUGGGAAUUGUGAUCUGUGCUUUAGCGUUUGAUUUUUCAUCUGGGCUUUUUAGGAUGAUUCCGGUGGACCAAAGUUGUAAUUUGGGUGAUGACAAUGGGACCACAAAAAAGUUUCCUGUGGGCAUGAGUGUUCUGGCUGUUGACGACGACCCAAUUUGUCUCAAAGUAUUGGAGACUCUGCUUGUCAAAUGCGAGUAUCAGGUUACUACAACUAAUCAGGCGGUUAAGGCUUUGAAACUGUUGAGGGAAAACAGAAACAAGUUUGACCUCGUCAUUAGUGAUGUAAGUAUGCCAGACAUGGAUGGAUUUAAGCUCCUUGAGCUAGUGGGACUUGAAAUGGACCUGCCAGUCAUCAUGUUGUCCGCUUAUAGUGAUACAAGGCUUGUGAUGAAGGGUGUUACCCAUGGUGCUUGUGACUAUUUACUGAAACCUGUUAGACUGGAAGAGCUUAAGAACAUAUGGCAGCAUGUGGUUCGAAGAAAGAAGUUUGAUGGCAAGGAUCAGAAUAAGGCUUCCCAGGUGGAAAAGGCAAGCAAUAUGGCUGAGGAAGGAAAUCCAGGCUACACUUCAGAAAAUAAUUCUGAUCAAAGUAAAAAGCUGGGUAAAAGGAGGAAGGACCAAGGUGAGGAUGAGGAAGAAGAUGGUGAAGACAAUGCACAAGAGAACGAGGAGGACCCAUCAACACAGAAGAAGCCGCGUGUCGUUUGGUCAGUCGAGCUGCACCGGAAAUUUGUUGCUGCAGUUGAUCAGCUUGGUCUUGAAAAGGCUGUUCCGAAGAAAAUUCUUGACCUGAUGAAUGUUGAUGGGCUUACAAGGGAAAAUGUGGCAAGCCAUCUACAGAAAUACAGGCUCUAUCUUAAAAAGGCAACUCAACAAGCUAAAAUUGUUGCUGCGUUGGGUGGUGAUUCAUCAUACUUGCGGAUGGGUUCAUUGGAAGGAUAUGGAGAAUUUCGCUCCUUGUCUGGCACUGGACGGCUCUCAUCAACAUUUGCAUCUACUGGAAUUUUAAGUAGACUGAACUCUCCAACUGGUUUGAACUUGAGAGGAAUAGGUUCUUCUGGACUGAUCCAGCCUGGUCAGUCUCAAAACUCAAGCUUGGCCACAAACACACUUGGAAAUCUUCAGCCAUCAUCUAUCUUGUCUGCAAACUCAAGUCUAUUUCAAAGCAUCCCAACACCAAUAGAAUUUAGUCAAUCUCAACGUAGCAACUGUGCCACUGGUAUUAGGCAAUUAAGUUCAAUGGAUGAUUCAGGUGGUUUUGCAGCUGGAUUCCUAGACAGUAGAGCUACUGUUGGUAGUGCAAGCAAUUCGGUACCGUGUGUCUCAAGCAAUCAUUUGAUGUUAGCCGGAAGCUCACAACAAUCUCAAAAUGUGGGAGAUUUCAGAAACCAAUCUUCUUUUGGAGCUGCUCCUUUGAACUCAGAAACUCUAGACAUUUGUGGUUCCAAUUUGUUGGACCAUGCACGAUGCAAUGAAAGUUGGCAGGGUGCUGUUCAGUUAUCUAAAUUUCCCUCUAAUUCUUUGCCACUAAAUGAGACUUUCACUAAUGAUCAGCUGCCUUCUAGCAGCUUAAAUGUUUCUUCCUCCAACACUUACAUCAGAAACAAUGCAGUGGAUUUUUCCUCUGCUGUUCCGCUGGAUGAUCUUAGAGGUCAACUACAAAGUCAAGAUGGUUUGAUUGGGAAUGUGGUUCAGUCUUCAAGUUACGCGUCAAGGCAGAACUGGGAACUGCAUAAGCAGGACUACAACCAAAACAUGAACUGCAAUUUCAAUAUUGUGAAUUCACUGGUUUCUUCUAAUGAAGUCACAAGUACCUUGGGGCAGAGUUUAAAUCAAAAUAAUUCAACUUGCAGCAGGAGGGUGGAUGCAUCGUUCAUGGACCAAUUCUAUGUGGCUACCCCAUCAAUCUCUCAGCUUAACGAGGAUGAGAGGUUCUCUUCAGAUGUGAGAAUGAAAUCUACUGAUGCAUACAUGAUGGAGCAGAUGAAGUCCCAAGAUGGUUUCAUUCGCGAUAUUGGAUAUUUAGAUGACAUAAUGGGUGCAAUGGUUAAACGGGAGCAAAAUGAGAUGAUAAUGAUGGAUGGAGAGGCGCGAUUCGAUGCUUACCCGAUUGGAUCUUGUAUCUGAAUCUCCAAGAAUCUAGUAGCAUCUGCAUCAGAAAACUCACUCCUCUUUGGGGUCUGUAUCAUUAUGUAAUUCCUCUGAUCUAAUGUAUCUAAUUUUUUUCUCCUGCCACUAGAGUUUUACUUCUUAUUGCAACUGUGGACACGGUUAAUGUUAUCUUAUUCUAUAUAGCUGCACCGGAAUUCUCAGUUGGAGCUUUCGUAGCUAUUUUUAAAUAAUAAAUUUAACAUAAA